AUGGUGAAUCUCACUUCAUAUUCAUUUGAUGGUCUACUGGUUGUCGCAUUGUUGUUGAUUUGUACUUGCGCUUAUCUGAAACGUGUACCGAGAGUAAGUUCGUGGCUGUUGAGUGAAAAGAAAGGAUUCUUUGGUGUCUUUUAUAAGCGAAGUUAUUCUGAUUGCAUUCAAAAUGGUGGUGUGAUCAGUUCACUGCUGCAAUCGUAUAAUCUGUUAGGAUUUGGCGGAAUAUUUCUUCAGGCAUCCGUGGUUGGUGUUCGUCUACAUUCAACGGUUUCGGCCUGUUGUGUCGCUGCAGCGCUCUAUAUCCUAUUCGUUAGAUAUGGAUUUUGUUAUGAGGUUGUAAACUGUAUUGUCGUUCAGGUAACGUUGCCUAAAGGCACGAAGAAAAAGGUUAAAAAAACUCCACCAAAAGGUCCCAAAAGAGGACGGCAUGUAUUUAUUGCACCAAAGAAUAAGAAUUUCGUCGAACAGGCUAAAGUGAGUGCAGAGGUGACAAAAACGAUCAAUGAAAAAAAUGAAGAAAUGGUCAAGGAUCGAGCAGAUCGUGAUGUGGGUCGUUUGAGCAAUGCGGCGAAGAAAGCAGCUGAGAAGAACUGA